UGUCCUGAGUGCUUUCACAGCUGGCAGGCUCCAUUGAUGCUACAUUUUUCCUCUUCAAGAUACAACACCAGGAGUUUUAACUUGGCAGCAUAAACAGAGCUACUACAAGGAAAGGACUAAACAUGUUGGAGUUGCUAAACGCAUCGCUAGUCCUACUGCUGGGUUUGAUGACUUCCCUAUCCUCUGCAGAAUUUGUUCAUUACCACAUCUAUGAAGAAGAAGCUGCUGGAACAGUCAUUGCUGUUUUAUCAGAGCACUCGCUGUUUAACUCCACAGAGCAACCAGAGAGCAACUUUCGCCUUAUGAAGCAAUAUAACAAUUCCAUUAUCCGUGUCCAGGAGAGCGAUGGCCAGCUAAGCAUUGAAGAGAAGAUUGACAGGGAACAGAUCUGCAGGCAGGCUUUAAACUGCAUCCUGGCUCUAGACGUGGUCAGCUUUUCAAAGGAUCAGAUAAAUUUGAUCAAUGUAAAAGUGGAGGUAAGAGACAUUAACGAUAACAUACCUCAUUUCCCUAGUUCUGAAAUACAUGUGGAUAUUUCUGAAAGUUCGGCAGUGGGUGCUAGGAUUCCUUUGCAAAUAGCUAUUGAUGAAGAUAUUGGGGCAAAUUCUAUCCAGAACUAUGAACUGUCAGACAACACCCACUUCAAGAUUGAUGUCCAGACCAGAGCAGAUGGGGUUAAAUAUGCAGAUCUAGUACUGUUAAGGGAAUUAGACAGGGAAAGCCAGUCUGCAUAUACCUUGACACUGGUGGCUAUGGAUGGAGGGAGCCCAUCACUUUCUGGCAGUGCUGUGGUUAAUGUUCGGGUCCUGGACUUUAAUGAUAACAGCCCAGUGUUUGAGAAGAGUGUUGUCACUGUGGACAUGAUGGAGGAUGCUCCAGUAGGAUACCUCCUAUUGGACCUCAAUGCAGCUGACCCUGACGAAGGUGCUAAUGGAGAAAUUGUUUACAGUUUCAGCCCUCAGGUGUCUCCAGAGGUACGUCAGCUCUUUCACAUUGAUCCCAAAUCAGGUGGCAUAACUCUUGAAGGUAAAGUUGAUUAUGAGAGCAGGCAAACCUAUGAGUUUGAUAUACAAGCUCAGGAUUUGAGCGCUAAUCCACUAACUGCUACUUGUAAAAUAACUGUGCAUAUUAUAGAUGCAAAUGAUAAUGCUCCAGCUAUCACCAUCACUCCCCUAACACCUGUCAACAAGGGCAUAGCCUAUAUAACUGAGGGAGCUGCUAAGGAUAGCUUUGUAGCACUCAUCGGCACCACAGACAAGGACUCAGGGCUAAAUGGUCAAGUUCAUUGUACACUUUAUGGCCAUGAACACUUUAAACUCAACCAAGCCUAUGAGGACAGUUUUAUGAUAGUCACUACUUCACCCCUCGACAGGGAGAAGGUAGCAGAGUACAACCUGACAAUUGUAGCAGAAGAUUUAGGAUUCCCUUCCUUGAAAACCAUAAAACAGUAUACUGUCAGGCUGAUUGAUGAGAAUGACAAUGUUCCUAAAUUUACUAAACAAAUAUAUGAAGCCUCUGUACAGGAGAACAAUGCCCCUGGAACUUAUAUUACAACUGUGAUGGCCAAGGAUACUGAUUUUGGACUGAAUGGCAAAAUAUCUUAUAGACUGGUUGAUGCAAAAAUACUGGGGCAGUCCUUGUCUACAUUUGUGGCUAUUGACACUGACUCAGGUAUGUUGCGUGCUGUAAGAUCACUGGACUAUGAAAAGAUCAAACAACUAGACCUUGAAAUUGAAGCAAGUGACAACGGUACUCCUCAACUUACAGCUCGUACUCCACUGCGAAUAAAAAUAAUUGAUGUAAAUGACAAUGCACCUCUGAUAACUUUCCCCAUACUGGAUAAUGGAUCUGCUGAAGUUAUGUUGCCCAUCCAUGCCCCACAAAAUUACUUAGUUCUUCAGUUUAAAGCCACUGAUAAAGAUGAGGGGGUAAAUGCCCAACUUUCCUUUGCUAUCCAGCAAGACAACCAAAAAUUAUUUGCCAUAAACAAAGUGACCGGUGAAUUAUCCUUAACCAGGAAAAUUGAUUCUUUGCAAGUUAAGGACUUGAGCAUUGUUAUUGCUGUGCAUGACAGUGGAAGACCUUCAAUGCAUUCCAAUGCUAAUAUAACAUUCACUCUCACUGAAUCAUUUCCUUCUGGUGUAGAGAUAGUUAUUAUGCAAAGUUCUGCAGAGAACCCACAUCAGAUGGACCUGUCUAUAAUCUUCAUAGCAGUGUUAUCUGGAGGUUGUGCCUUACUCCUUGUCGCUAUAUUAUUUGUGGCCUGUUCUUGCAAACGGAAAUCUGCUAAUUCUAAGACUGAUGUUGAAGAACAAAGUAUAAGAGAAGUUAAAGACCAACUACUUAACAGAACAACUAUACCAAAAGAGACUCUAUCAACUUCCACUUUGUCACAGUCUGAAUCUUGUCAGCUGACAAUCAACACAGACUCAGAAGGCUGCAGUGUGUCAUCCAGCACUGACCUAGCCAAGGACCUGCAGAGAGCAUCAAAUAGUUCAGAUUUGGCCCCAUUAUACAAUUCAUCCAGGUGGCGCAAGGAUAUCUCUACAGAGAGCAUAAGUGGAAGUUCUCAGAUUGAACACCUUAGUGUAAAAGACAGUGGCAAAGGAGACAGUGACUUCAAUGACAGUGACUCUGACACCAGUGGGGAAGGUGUGAAAAAAAGGGACAGUGGCCUGCCAAUUCACAAGCAGCCUAGUUCUCCAUACACGGGAAUAUCUGGAACAUUCAAAGGUCCAGAACAUCCACUCAGUCCCCGCAGCAAUGAAGGCCCAUAUCCUGGAAAUGUAACAAUGCAGUAUGAAAAGGGAUAUGCAAUGUCUUAUUCCUUAGUUCCUACAUACUACAACACCUACCACUGCUCCAGAAUACCUAAUGUUCCCGUCACCCAGUAUACACUUAAAGGAUCUUAUUAUGUCAACAGUAUGCAGGAUGAGAGACUGCCCAGGCAAUGUGAACGGGAUUUGGUAAACAGAGGAACCAUGCUAUCACCACCCAGAGUGUCCAGAACAUAUCCAAGUUCCAGUUACAACACAGAAAUAAGCUUACAACCUUGUGAAAUUGCAACCACCUUUUAAA